AUGGAUGGGAAUCUAUGGAGAGCUGCUAGUAAUAGUCCCACUCUACGAUAUCCAAGUUGUGAUAUAAACUAUCAGGGAUCUGGUAUGUUGAUUGGUGAGUCACUUCCUAUUCCAGUGAUGUUUGCAGAUGAUAUAUAUUUCCAAAGUUUUUGCUAUAGUGGUAGCCCAGCCUUCAUGUCAGGUACAUUAUAUGAUAUUCCUGCAACAUAUUUGGAAUCUGUAGUGGCAGAUUGGAACAUGUUCCUCGCUCUUGAUGGCUCAUGUUCCGGUUCCUUCAAAUUCGGAAUAUUUCCAAUGAUUGUUUCAUUCACAACAAAUUUCAUUAUUACUUUUACUUUGACAGUGUUAAUAUUCCUAUCAAUGAAUGAUAAACCAUACGUAUAUGCAUCACGUCUAUUGAAGAUAGGCUCCCUCAUAUCAACAGUUAAUUUAGCAAUAUCUCUUUCAAAUUUAAUAAAUUUAUUAAGACAUCAAUAUGAAAAAUAUGGUAUAUUGGGUAAAUUUUACAUGGUACAAUUUUUUGAAUUAAAUGCAACUUUUGUCACUUUAGAUUUUCUAUCAACAUUUAUAUUACAAUGUUGUCAAACUUUUAUUUUAAUGAGGAUAUUUGAACGUAAAAAAGAACAAAAAGUUAUCUUCUUUGUUGGGAUCACUUUAGCUAUAGUAUCGAAUUUAUUAUGGGCAGUUCCAAGGUAUCAUGAAAUCGUACAUGGAAUUAGUGUUAAGGAUGAAAACAAUAAUUGGGAAUUAUUACCCCCAUUUGUUUAUAUGUUCAAGAUAAUUAUUGCAGCAUCUUAUGCUUGUCUUAUCAUAAAUUUUAUCAUUAGAAAACGACAUCAAUGUUUCAAGACUGCCCAAUUAACUUUACUCACAUUAUUAACAAUCCUAGUAAUAUUAUUAUUACCGGGAUUUUUCAUUGCUGACUUGGCCAGUUUUUGGAUAUAUGAAUUUAGUGAAUUAUUUAAUACGACGUUCUAUGUCAGUUGUACGUUUGUAGUUUGGGAAUGGUUAGAACGAUUGUCAAUUAUUCAAAAGAGAGAACAAGCACAAAGCAUCCUAGGUAGAGCAAUAUAUGAAGAUGAACAACAAAAUUAUACUUUUGCUAAAUAUACUUUAAAAGUACAAGAUGCUCUUACGAGGAAAGUAUCCUCUUCGACAUUUAGUUCUGAUGAAAUAACCAAAUCGUCAAAUAUUAAGGAUUAUCCUACAAGUAAUAAGAGUGAUGAAAGUUAUAUGAGUAAAUUACACCUCUCAACAACAAAGACGAUACGAGUUCGAACAUCGACUUCUGAAGUCGAAGAAGGGGAUGAUGUUGACAGUGGUGAUCCCUUGGCGCCAACUGAUGAUAUUCGUGAUAUACAAAGUAUUAAUCAAGUACAUUUUAAUACAGAGAGAAGCUAUAAGGAUAUCGCGCAUUCGACAUUUGACAAUACAGUUAAUAACGUAGUAUAUUUCUCCGAUAAGAUUGGUAAAACAUUAGGUUCAUAUUCAUUCGGCAGUAGUUCUAAGAGCUCUUCAGACUCUAAAAAAGAAAAAAAUGAAGUUAAAAGAAGAAUUGGGUUAGAUAUGACAAAUAAAGUCUACGUGUAUUCCACAAAAGAUGUAGAAUUUGAUUCAGAUCUGGAGAAUGACACAGACACUUAG